CAACUAGCCAAAGCAACGAGUCUCCUAUUUGGCUUUGCGUUUACGCUUCUAUUUGUAUUGUCUCGGUCCGUAAUCAUUGGUGCGCUGUUUCGCUCUUUUGCCUAUAUCUCCUUGAUCGUCGUCCGUCGGCACAACGGACAGUUCAUUUAAUCGCUCGGCGUUAUUAUUUAUCGUCAAUUACACGAGCGCCGUGCAUCCCUUGGUACGCGAGACGCGACCUCCCCCCCUACGUUAAGAUCGAGGAGGCUCGACUUUUGACAGGGAUUUCCAGUUGGGAUAUUGAAUUGUUAUAAAUUGAGUGAUUGGUUGUUUGUACGAUGGUGCGCGGAGCUGGAUGAACGUUAAACGGAGCGGUGACAAAGCAAGAUUCGAAUGACAAUCAAGAAUCUAAUUGAACAGGGAGGGCUGAAAGGGCAGCGGUGUUGUGAUGGUGAAACGGUGGCAAUUUGCCACAGGUUUUUGUUUAAAGUAUUGGGCAGCGAGGGGAGCUAGCUAAGAGGCUUUAUUGGCAAAGAUAAUAAGGCUACUUCGGCAUGACUAACAGCAGCGUCGGUAGCAGCACUGGAGUUGCAGAACUUUUUCACAUGCUAGAGUCUAACAAGCUCAGCGACGUCGAGGAGAUCAAGAAAGUCUUUCAUGAUCAUUUCUUAUCUACUAAGGAUAAUUGGCUAGUAAAUGGGCUGUUUGAUUAUUAUCUUUCCACCAAUUCCCUAAGGGCUGUGGAGGUUUUAGCAGGUGUUAGAGAGCCUCAUGAUAAGCAUCUGUUCGAUAAAUUGAACGAGACGCUCGUUGCUAAAUCCACUAACAAUGAGCAUAAAGUUCGCACGCUCACGUUACUGGGUCAUAUAGCUCGACGGCAACCCACCUGGUUAUACAAAUUGGCUAGUCAUACUCUUUUCAAACAGCUACUUCAUCUGCUUAAGGUAGAGGAAGACAUAGUGUUGCUAAUGAGUGCACUUCUGUUAUUGAUAAGCCUAUUGCCGAUGUUACCAACAGCGUUAGCUCCUCAUUUACAUGAAAUUUUCGAAGUAUUUUCUAGACUUGCCUCGCUCUAUUAUCAUUGUUUUUUAUAUAUUUCAUCCAUGAAUCCAACACGUUUCGCAACGGUAUCUCCACUUAAUGUUUUUAGUGCUACUGAUGCGGAUCAGUAUUACCGAAUUCACUUACAGCAUGGAUUGCAGAACCUGUUUCACAGACUUUACGCCAUGUAUCCGUGUAACUUUGUCUUUUUUCUAAAACAACAGUAUCUCCAACGUGAUCAAUUGACGAUAUUUAAAAAAAUCAUUAGUCCAUUCUUAGAUUCCGUGCGCAUGCAUCCAUUGCUUGUAACCAUGUCCAAAGAAUCCGAGAUCUCUUCGUUAAGGUGGAAAAAAAUGGAACACCAUGACGUUGUUGCAGAGUGUGGUCGCUUUUCAUUAUUGGAAAGAUCGAGCCGAGAGGAACCAAUGUUAUUUGGUAAUUUACGUUAUACGCCAGUUUUAGAUGACUCGGGUCUGUACACCCUAAUAAGCACGAUAGUCGACUUCCCAAUGGUCGCGGAGACGACGGGCUUCCAAUGCAGUAGUCAGGAGAGCUUCUGGUCCCCGAGUAUGGUAGUGUGCGCACAUAGUCCGCCUCCCCCGAGCUCCUUACAGGCAACACCGAUCUCCCACGAAGUUAAAUCGACACCUUCGACACCAGGCGUCGGGGCGUCGUCGGUAACUGCGACCGGGACUCUUGUCAACAAUCGAAGCAGAACAUCGCCACCGGAGGCUGCCGUCGAGGCUACGCCCGAGACGACUCCCGUGAAGGAUCUACGACAAAUACCAAGUCGACAGAUGCCGGUAGGCUCAGCGGCGGUGCGCGCCCUCAGCGGCUUCGGGAACGGUGCCGUCGGCCUCCUCAACUCCAGCAGACCUUCAACCCCGACACCCGUCAACCAACAGCAUCAGCAGCUCGGUAGCUUCACGACGGGUGGCAGUGGAGGCAUCUUGAGCGACGGCAAUUCGAUACUCGACAGGAAGCUCGGCAAAAUCGCCGCCGAUCGACAUAACGCCCUACAUCAGGAGCAAACGCCGACGCCGACGCCGACACUGACGCCGACACCGACCUCGACAACAACACCGACCCUCACACCCAGGCAACUUGAGGAUGUCAAGCGGACUUUUGGCACGGCGACAGCCACGCCGUUGAUUACCACUGAACAGAUCAAUACGAUGCUGAAUGGGAAAGUGGACAAUUGCCAGCACCAGCAGAUACAACUCGAGGAUCAAGAGGUUUCCGAUAUUGUUUCAUUGACGAAAUCAACGACUUCUGGCUCCAAAGACUUCAUUGACAAGGAUAGACAGUCAUUUAAUGACCUGUCGCGAAAGGUGCGACUAAAGUUCUAUUGCAAAUACCCAACACCUCCAGUACUAUCGUCACAGAUCCGACGCCGUGCCAAAUCCUGUCCCAACAUAGCCGGGGCCUCGAGCGAAAGCAGCAGUAGCAGCAUCGGUAUCGGUACCUUUCGCCCUCUGAAGAUGUCCUCGACAUCCACGGAGGAGGUGGCCACUCAGACCAGCGGUCUCGUCCCAUACGAGUGUUUCUUCUUGGACAUGCUCGACCAGAGGCCAUUAACGGCGGACUCGACGGCAAUGGCGACGACGGUCGGUCACGGCCACGGAUCCGAGGCCCGAUUGUCACCCGGCACAAUGCUCGACCGUUACAUCGAACUCUGCGCGAGGUCCUCCGCACAUCCCGAUUCCAAAUCCAGAUCGAGGCUGGGUGGCAGACGAUCGAGGCUGGAAGAGGAAUCCGAGAACGGUGGACCACAGCACCAGCAGUCCGGCGAGGAGAGUGGCGAGACGCCGGGCAGUUGCUGGGCGGAGAUGGAUCGAGCCAACCAGCAAAUACAGCUCAUGCAGAUGCAGCUGCAGUUUGAACGGCAGCGACGGGAGGUUCACGCGGAGCGCAAUCGACGACUCCUUGGCAAGCUGAGGGACUCGCGCGCCCUCGAGGAGCUCAACUCCGCCAUGACGAAUCGAUUAAAAUUGGCCGAAAACGAAAUAGAGACAUUAAAAAGUGAGCUGAGUCUAAGUAACAUGGAAGCACGAACAGGAGAAAAUAAGCUCUUAGAAACCAUACACCAUUGUCAAACUAAGUAUAAAGAGGAGCAGCAACAAAACGCGGCACUAAAGGACCGAAUAGAGCAUUUACAAGACGAGUUGAAGAAUGAGAAGAAAAAAGUGAUGGAUCACGAGAAGCAAACGCGCGCUGCCGAGGCGACGCUGUUCGAGGCGGCGCACCAGCUUAAAGAGGCUCUCAGAGCGGCCAAUCAGAGCGAAGAGCUUAAACGGGUGCUCGAUGCCGUGCAGAAAAGAUUUAUAUUACUCGGAGAGGCUCAAGGGAGAAUACAAGAAAAAAUGGGUGGACCAAUUCAUAUGGCGAAGCAAGAAGCAGCACAGAUACAAAGGUCUUGGUCCGAGGAAGUUUAUAAUCUCCGUCGUCAGUUUGACUCACAGACACUACAACUAGAAUCGUUGCGGUCGCACCUGGCCGAACUCGAGCACAAGGACGCUCGCAAAGAGGUUCAGCUCGUCGAUCAGCAACGACUACUUCAAGAAUCGAAGGAAAAGCAUUCGGCGGAGCUCGAGGCCGUCGAGUCAAAAUACCGAGCGCAGUUGGAAAUAAAUUUAUUAUUGGAAGGCCGUAUCCUCGAGCUCCACGGGAAGCUCGAGCAAGCGACUUAUGGAGUGAGCGCCGCGGUAAAUCUGGCGUCAUCGGCCUCACCGAAAGAGAGAUCGCCGCCGCUGUCGGCGAGUCUCGCCUCCUCGAGCGAAGGCAGUCUCGCUUUUAUACAAUCAGCCAUGAACGAUUGUUGCGACCCCGGGGGCGAGAUCGCCAACCUCCAAGCGAUUGUCGAGCCCAGCGGACACAAUGCUUUCGAUGAGGCGACGACGACGCAGCGAUAGAGACUCGGUGAGUCCUUUCGCCAGAACUGGCCAUUGCACACUUCGGUAUGUCGUGCGCGGAUCUCUAAUGGCCAACGAAGCCACGAGCGGAGAAAAUUUUGUGUAUAAAUUGCGGACGAUCGCGCAAGGAUGAGCGAAUUGUUAUUAUAUUAUUAUUAAACACGUUCGAGGACGAGCAUUCAGAGGCUCGCGAUUGGCCCAAACGGAUAUACAUGUACACACAUACAUAUAUAAACAUAUGCUUUAAAACUUAUUGUGAAGUAAAGAUAAUAAGGUCUUUGUGAUAAAUUCACUCUAAAUAAAAAUAUUUUGUGAGGAAACGUAUGUCUUUAUUUUUUUAUUUUUUUGUAACGAAUUUGUCAUUCCCCAUAAAAGUAGCCCGUGUACCUAUUUUAUUAUUAAUAGAUUUUUUUAUUCAGUGAUCCUUUGAGCGAGUUAAACGACAGUGAUGUGUAUUCUAGUGAGGUUAUUAUAUUUAA